UGUGGUGGUGGCCCGACUCCUCCUACUACCGGUUGGGCCCAGCACCUCUUGUGUCACACCCGGUGCUCCGAGUAACCGCCGUUCCCCGGGGCCGGUGACCAGGGUGGGCGGGCCGCAGUGACAUGGUGGUGAGGAGGAGCUGGCAGCAGUUACUCGCUGUGUCUGUCACCGGCAAGCACCGCAUUGACAGCUUCCUUCAGAGUAACAGGCCCGGCAGUGACUUGUGCCCUGCGCCCCAGAGAAGAGCGGCAGAUCCACGGGGCCUCCUGACUGCGGAGCCGGGGAUGGCGGGAGACGGGCUGGAGGCGGACAGAUUACAGAAGCUGUUAGAAGGAGAUCACAACGACGAUGAAGGUUUAACCUCUACCAACCAGUACCCAAAAGAGACAGUACGGAAACGUCAGAACUCAACCCGCAGCUCCAGAAGUAGUGACUCCUCUCAUUCUUCAAGAAAGAGCUUCAAGCUGGAUGUCAGAUUAGAAGAAGAUGUUACCAAGUCGGUCAAGAGUAAAAAUGGUAGAUUCAUCAACCCUUGGCCCACAUGGAAGAGCCCUACUCUUAGAAGUACUGUUAAAUGGGCUGUAACUGAGAAAGACAACAGCAGUGUGCCAAGUUCAAAAGAGGAACUUGACCGGGAACUUCCUGUUAUUGAACCCUAUUUUGUACAGCACCCUGAGCUUACUGGCAAAACAGAAAAUGGCAUAAGGAUCACUUGGCUGGGCCAUGCGUCUGUCAUGGUGGAAAUGGAUGAUUUGGUAUUUCUUACUGAUCCCGUCUUCAGUGAGCGGGCCUCUCCGUUUAGCUUUGCAGGUCCCAAACGGUUUCGUGGGCCACCGUGCACUAUAGAGCAGCUUCCCAAAAUAGAUGCCGUUGUGAUAAGCCACAAUCACUAUGAUCACCUGGAUUACGGCACUGUACUGGGCCUGAAUGCCCGUUUUGGUACUGAGUUGAGAUGGUUUGUUCCCUUGGGUCUCUUGACCUGGAUGCAGAGCUGUGGCUGCGAAAAUGUAAUUGAACUGGACUGGUGGGAACAAAACUGUGUCCCUGGGCAUGAUGAAGUGACCUUUGUUUUUACUCCAUGUCAACACUGGUGCAAGAGGACACCGUUUGAUGACAACAAAGUACUCUGGGGUAGCUGGUCUGUACUUGGACCCUCGAAUAGGUUUUAUUUUGCAGGAGAUACUGGCUAUUGUGCUGCAUUUGAACAGAUUGGAAAAAGAUUUGGUCCUUUUGACGUAGCAGCAAUUCCUAUUGGAGCCUAUGAACCAAGGUGGUUUAUGAAAAGCCAGCACAUUGACCCAGAAGAAGCAGUAAGAAUCCAUGCUGAUGUUCGUGCCAAGAAAUCUGUUGGAAUUCACUGGGGAACUUUUGCUUUAGCAAACGAGCAUUACCUGGACCCGCCAAUAAAACUAAAAGAAGCCCUCGAGCAGUACGGCCUUACGUCAGAAGACUUCUUUGUCAUGAACCAUGGAGACUCCAGACUCCUGAACACAGACAGUGAUAAUGAAGGAUAAGUGAAGACCCGACUGAAAUUAUUUGUAUUGAGAUGCAGUAUUUUAUCCUAAGAAGAUUUUGGUCAUACUUUUUCCCAAUGGCCUACACCAAAGUGUAUUUAGACACUGACAUAGGAUCGAUCAAUGCAGUUAACCAUCGAUUUACUUGAAUAAUAAAUAAAAAAAAUAAUAAUUAGA